AUGAGCGUCCCUCCUGAUUUCCUGAUAUCAGGAGAGGAUAUCGAGGACAUGAAGAAACGAAUAAGAAAGUUCAAGCUCUCGCAACUCAAAGAUCUUGCCCGAACCAUGCUUUUAAGAAUCGCAGGCAAGAAAGCUGACUUGAUAGAACGCAUUGAAGAACACAUUGAAAACGGAGUUCGCUACGAUGACAAGAUAAAACUUCUUGUUAUAGGGGUAAUAAUCAAGAAAAUACUAUUACAUGAGUCCAUCCCGAGUUACACGUCGCUAUAUAAUGCCAUUCGGUUUGGGGGUCCUAAUGCCAAUUUGUUGGCUCAACUUCAACAAGAUACUCGAAACAUUUCCGCCCGUCCAGACUCGGAAUCAUUGUCAAAUAUGGCCCCUGUUCCCCAGAUGCCGCGGACGAAGAGCUCAGAUGCCUCCAUUGCAUGUAUUGAUAAUGCCAUCUACUUUAAGCCAUCUCCAUUUUACACUUUGAAGCAGCUUAUUCUGGGAUCACCCCAAAGAGUAUUUCCCUCACAAGGACGCAUGAUGUGCCGCUUAAACUUUGUUUUGAGUGAUGAGGAUAAUCGAAUUUUCCGCUCGAAACCUGGCAAAAUGCAAGUUUUUUUACUUUGCGGAGCAUUCAAGCUUGAUGAUCCAGUAACUCAUUCGGCGGAUAUUGAAUGGCCUAUUCCUCAAGAGAUAUAUGUGAAUGGAGCACAACUAAGGGAAAAUGUCAAGGGGAUCAAAGGCAAACCAGGAACCGCUCGUCCAGCUAAUAUCACCAAGUUCAUCAGCCGCACACCUGCCUUAAAUAAGAUCGAGAUGGUUUACGCUGGAACCAAACAAUAUUAUCUUCUUUAUUGCUUCAUCGCAGAAACCCGGUCGAGUCAAGAAGUUGCUGACGAAAUCUUUCGUGGUCAGCAUAUUCACUUGCUGUCUACAAUUGACAAAAUCAAAGAGGAAUACACUCAUGGUGAUGACGACCUAGAGGUGGCUACCUCAUCAUUAUCUCUAAAAUGUCCAUUGACCUAUUCCCGCAUGAAGUUUCCAGCAAAGUCAAUCUACUGUCAGCACAUACAAUGCUUUGACUGUCUAUCAUUCUUGCAACUCCAGGAACAAAUCCCAACUUGGACAUGCCCCAUUUGUUCAAGAGGAGUUGAGUUGGAAGAGCUCGCCAUAUCAGAUUACUAUCUAGAGAUCCUACUGAAGGUUAAUGACGAAGUUGAGUCGGUCACUUUGAAUCCUGACGGCUCGUGGCUGGCCAAUGUCGAAUCCUCAAUGGAUGAUGAGUCUUCGUCUCCGUCACCAAAACCUAAAUCUGCCACUGAAGAAGUUAUUGAAAUUGUAUCAAUCGACAGUGAAAGCGAGGACGAAACUCCACAUCCUCCACCACGACCUUUAGUAGAAACGAUAGAUAUCCCUCUGCCUGAGCUGGACUCGGCUACCGUUUCUCAUCCACAGACAAGAGAGCAGUUCACUGCCGAAUGGAACCGGAACACUACAUCGCUGACUCCCACGGCUUUGAAUCCAAUAACUGACAAGAGUCAAGUGCAAGUCAAUUCAAACCGAGAAGCUGCUCAGAACAAUGUUCAGUUCCAGAACGAGGGUGCUUCCAAACCGCUGGAUGUUCAACGAGAGAACAGUGACCCUCGGAAUCAGACUUCGCUACAGAACCAGACUCCCUCUCUACAGAGACAGGAUUCGUCUCGGAAUCCAAAUUCUUCUCAUUUGCAGAAUACUCAGUUGCUGAUCCAGAAUGCGCAACCUACCCAACUGGAAGCUUCUCAAGCACAAAACCAAGGUACUCAACGACAGCAGAGUACUCAAUUGCAAAAUCAAAGUACUCAAGUGCAGACCCGAAGUCCUCAAUUGCAGAAUCAAAAUCAACGAGUGCAGACUCAAAGUCCUCAAUUACCAGUUUAUAAUCGGCGAGUGCAGGGUUCUCAAUUACCAGAUCAGAAUGCUACUCAAGGGCAGAGCCAGAGUCCUCGAUUGCAAAAUCAAGACUUUCACGUUCGGAACCAAAACUCACAAUUACCAGUUUUAAAUCCACAACUGCAGACCCAGAGACCUGAAUUGCAAAAUCAAAAUGCUCAAGUUCGGAACCAAAACCCUCACUUACCAGUUCAUAAUCAAGUAGUGCAGACCCGAAGUCCUCAAUUGCAGAAUCAAAAGACUACUCAUGGGCAGAGCCAGAGUCCUCAAUUACCAGUUCAAACGAGUCCUCAGUUGCAAAAUCAGAAUACCCAAGUACGGAACCAGAAUCAUCAUUCACCAGUUCUGAAUCCACAAGUGCAGACCCAAAGUCCUCAAUUCCCAGCUCAAAAUCCACGACUGCAGAACCAGAGUCCUCAAUUACCAGUUCAUGAUCAACGAGUGCAGACCCAGGGUCCUCAAUUACCCGUUCAUAAUCAACAAGUGCAGACCCAGAAUUCUCAAUUACCAGUGCAGAAUGCUACUCAAGUGCAGACCCAGAAUCCUCAAGUGCUAGGUCAGAAUCCUCAAUUGCAAAACCAUAUUCAUCUGCAGACUUUGAGUCUUCAAAUGCAACACCAACAUGCUAGUCAACUGCAAAAGCAAAAUGCUGUCGCGGUGCAAGGUAGGAAUGAUGUCCAAGUCCAGACCCAGAAUCCUCAGCUCCAAAAUCAAAAUGUUAGGUUACAGAACCUGAGUCCUCAAUUGCAGACCCAGAGUCCUCAAAUGCUACACCAAAAUGCUAGUCAAUUGCAAAACCAAAAUUUUACUCCUGUGCAAGAUAGGAAUGAUGUCCAAGUCCAGACCCAGAAUCCUCAGCUCCAAAAUCAAAAUGUUAGGUUACAGAACCUGAGUCCUCAAUUGCAGACCCAGAGUCCUCAAAUGCUACACCAAAAUGCUAGUCAAUUGCAAAACCAAAAUUUUACUCCUGUGCAAGAUAGGAAUGUUGCGCAAGUCCAGAUCCAGAACUCCCAGCUCCAAAGUCAAAAUGUUAGGUUGCAGAACCAAGGUCCUCAGCUCCAAAGUCAAAAUAUGAGACUGCAGAACCAGAGUCCUAAUUUGCAAAACCAAAAUACUCAACUGCAAAAUAGGAAUGUUACUCAUGUGCAGACCCAGAAUCCUGAGUUCCAAAGUCAAAACACGACAUUGCAGAGUCCUCAAUUGCAAAAUCCACACACUCAAGUGCAAAAUAGAAAUGUUACUUUUGUGCCGAAUCCUCAGUUUCAAAGUCACAAUUCCCCCUUGCAGACGCAGAACCCUCAAGUACAAGGUCAGAAUAUCACUCAAAACCGCAGUGCUACGCAGAUUACCCAGAACACUUCUCAAGUUCAAAGAAUUGCUCCUCGAUUGCCAGGCCUGAGUGUUCAGACCCAGAACACUUCUCACUUUCAAAGGAAUGAUCCUCAAUCACCAAGCCAGAAUACUCAAUUGCAGACCCAAAACUCUUCUCAACCGCAAAAAAAUCUUACUCAGUCGCAUAACCAAGCUCCCCUAGUUCAAAACCCAGCUUCCCAUUUGCAAAAUCUGGACAUUGCAAGAUUGCAGUCUUCUCUGUCUUUACAUAAUUUUGUGAAUGGAGAAAGAACAUCCAACACAGUUCCAGUACAGAAGCCGUUGCCAGCUAUAAACACCUUCCCACUUCCAUAUGGAAACCAGCAAAAUGCCUCUUCGACUCAACAGACAAUCAGAUCAAUGCCUGAACUGUUGCCAAAACUGAACGGACAGACCACACAAGUUUCCCAGCAAAGUCCCUCGCUAUCAAAAGCACCACUUCCUCCUUUAAGAGCAAAUUCUGCUACCGGUACUUUACCAGGUUUAUCCACUUUCUCCUUUGAACCAUCCACUCCGCACACUCAAGAACACCUGGAUGUUAGGACUGUAGAGCAAAACCUGACGAGUAUGUUUCGGAUAAAGCGAGCAAUGAAUACCCGACAAGAGCAGGUUUCGAAUCGCAAAGAUCUACAGGAAAGGCAUGAACAAUUGAGGGCCAAUUUUCAGAAUAAUUUGAGACAGAACAUUGAAACUAAUGGAACUUCGAGGCCGACAGAGGUGGUAGCUACCUCUGAUUCUGUUCCAGAAACUCCACAGUAUCAGAAACCAGGCUUGACAUAUUCUCGUUCAGCAUUCGAUCUUCUCGCCGCUAGCCGAGAGGAUUCACGACCUCUACCAAAGAAGACCAAAACCAUAAAUGGACAGAGCCCCAUCGGAACAAAUUUAUCACCGCUAAAUGGUCAGAUUGAGGACUUUACCCUUCAGACUCCUCAGCUGAACCAACCGCCGGUAGAGCGUACAUGGAAUAAACGGCUCCACAGUGAAGAGAGAUCGCCUUCUCCAACCAAAUAA